GGCGUCUGUUCUUGGCGGCCCAGGCCACUGGUCUAUCCGAACGUGCUGAAGCUUGAGAACCAGUAUGGAGGCUGUCGAGGUUCUCCGAUAUUGCUGGGGUUCGAUGGGGAAGCUAUUCGCCGGUGCCCCGGGCUGCUGAGCUCUCGCCGCCUGCGUCCCCGCGGCUAGCCCGCAGGGCCAUGCUGGCCUCGCGGGUGGCGCGCAUCUCGUGGGGUGUCUUGCGCGUAGCCGUGUGGGCGCCGGGAGCGCGGCCGGGCAAGGGGCGCGCCCGCGGGGCCUUGCUGCCGCCAGUGCCCUGCUGCCUGGGGUGCCUGGCGGAGCGCUGGUGGCUGCGCCCGGCUGCUCUCGGCCUGCGGCUGCCUGGGGCCAGCCCGCGGGCCCACUGCUCAGGCGCGGGGAAGGCAGCCCCCGGGCCCGCUGCGGAAGAGGACGCCGCCACUGAGGCCCGGGGCGGCCGGUGGGGCCCGGCGAGUGCCGCCAGCCUGUAUGAAAACCCAUGGACAAUCCCAAAUAUGUUGUCAAUGACGAGAAUUGGCUUGGCCCCAGUUUUGGGCUAUUUGAUUAUUGAAGAAGAUUUUAAUAUUGCACUAGGAGUUUUUGCUUUAGCUGGGCUAACUGAUUUGUUGGAUGGAUUUAUUGCUCGAAACUGGGCCAGUCAAAAAUCAGCUUUGGGAAGUGCUCUUGAUCCACUUGCUGAUAAAAUACUUAUCAGUAUCUUAUAUGUUAGCUUGACCUAUGCAGAUCUUAUUCCAGUUCCACUUACUUAUAUGAUAAUUUCAAGAGAUGUAAUGUUGAUUGCUGCUGUUUUUUAUGUCAGAUAUCGAACUCUUCCAACACCGAGAACAGUUUCUAAGUAUUUCAAUCCUUGUUAUGCCACUGCUAGGUUAAAACCAACCUUCAUCAGCAAGGUUAACACAGCAGUCCAGUUAAUCCUGGUGGCAGCUUCUUUGGCAGCUCCGGUUUUCAAUUAUGCUGACAGCAUUUAUCUUCAGAUCCUGUGGUGUCUUACAGCUUUUACCACAGCUGCAUCAGCUUACAGUUAUUAUCAUUAUGGUCGGAAAACUGUUCAGGUGAUAAAAGGCAGAUGAAAGUCAUCCAUCAUCAUUAGCAAGGAAGCAAUAUACAUCAUCUUCGGCAGGGCCAGUGGAAAUCUACGGGAGUUUCCUUUUUUGGUGUUCAGCUUGAAAAAGGACUUGUCAGAACAAACCAAGUCAUCAAAAUUUAAGUAAUGUGCAUUGAAAAUAAGCUUGAUCAUGGGCAUAUGCAGAAUUUCCAAUGUAUUUUUAAAUACAAAUAAAACUAUAAUUUAGAAUUUU